CAGUGCCCGUUGUGCUGCUGAGCACUUUGGCUGUCACUUAUACUUGUUGGAAAAGUUUUGUAGUCACCCAGCAGGGCGCCUGACGUCAGCCGGACUUUCUUUCUCUGCUGUGAGCGCUGAGCUCUGGCACAGGCACAUCGACCCGGCAGAGAGAGGCAGAGCGGAGCUCAGCACCAGCAAGAAAGCAAGCAGGCUGCUGCAAAAGAAACGGAACACUAUUGUCCACCAGCUUCGCCUUUCUAAGUUCAAACAUGGGUUGCUUUGAAUGCUGUAUUAAGUGCCUCGGAGGGGUUCCAUAUGCGUCGCUGGUGGCAACGAUCUUGUGUUUUUCUGGCGUGGCGCUGUUCUGCGGCUGUGGUCAUGUGGCCCUUACCAAGGUGGAGAGGAUCGUUACAAUGUACUUCUCCAGCAACUCCAGUGACCACGAGUUAUUAUGUGACGUAAUCCAAAUGAUGCAGUAUGUCAUCUAUGGAGUUGCCUCGUUCUUCUUCCUGUAUGGAAUAAUCCUCCUGGCAGAAGGAUUUUACACCUCAAGUGCUGUUAAAGAAAUCCAUGGCGAGUUCAAAACAACUGUGUGUGGACGCUGCAUCAGUGGGAUGUUUGUUUUUCUGACCUACGUGUUGGGAAUAGCCUGGCUAGGAGUCUUCGGCUUUUCUGCUGUCCCAGUCUUCAUUUAUUACAACAUGUGGUCAGCUUGUCAGACCAUCAGCUCCCCACCGGUGAACCUGACAACGGCGAUUGAUGAGAUCUGUGUAGACGUCCGACAGUUUGGUAUUAUACCCUGGAAUGCUUACCCUGGCAAAGCUUGUGGCUCAAACUUGACCACCAUCUGCAGCACAUCUGAGUUUGAUUUGUCCUAUCAUCUGUUCAUCGUAGCCUGUGCUGGAGCUGGUGCGACUGUCAUUGCACUGCUCAUCUACAUGAUGGCUACCACAUAUAACUUUGCUGUUUUGAAGUUUAAGAGUCGAGAAGACUGCUGCACAAAAUUCUAAGUUGCUAUAGAAGCAGUAUACAGAGCUCUACGAGCCGCACUGAGUAGCUUGAACUACCACUGACACCAUGGACUAAAACAGAAUUUAUUAAUCUGCAUUUUGCAAAUGAAAAUUUGUAAAUAGCAUAAGAAAGCUUCAUUUAGUAUCAACUCACUUAAGGCACUCUUUUUUUUUUAAUUUGAACUAAAUGACCACCAUGAAAAUGUAUGAUCUGGCUAUUUUUCUUUUCUAAUUUGGGGAUAAAUGCAGAUCAAGUCACCAUUGGCUGAAGAAAUAGCUUUGGAAGGAAAACAGUGCAAAUAGCAUCCUGAUUGCUCCAAAAUUUAUUGUUUCAAGAUCUACCUAGAAGCCAACAAUUGUUUUCUCUGAUAAAGUAACUGGCUUUCUACAGGCAAUUUGACAAUACCAAGUCAAUUUCCUGACAAAUAAAUGUAAUUUUAAAAAAGGUUAAAAAUAAAACCGAAUGGCAGUUAAUAUUCUGUGCAGUUGCAUAUGAAUGCAGAUUAGGUUGCAUCAAAAAGGAGUACAUCAGAACAGAUGAGAUCACUAUUAUACUUUGAGUUUAGAAACACUGAAUAUCAGACUAUGAGUGGCUUUAAAACUCACAUUCAAAUGUCUAUCUUUUAUAAGUUUUCAUAAAUUUAAUUUGGGCUAGACAAAAAAAAUAAGACUGUGCUUUUUAUUACUUAUUAGAUAAAGCCAGAAAAUCCUGGAAUAUACUCAGCAAGUUAAGUAGCAACUGAGAACAUCCACAGCAAUUUGCUUUGCUGAAUUGGCAGCUGGUCUUUAAACAACCAGUGUCACUCAACAGCGAGAGAAAGGUUAUACAUUAUGGCCCAAUUCCAAACUAUUCAUUGGGUUACAAAUCUGUUGUAGAUGUAUUUCUCUCUCAGUUACUCAGCGAUUCAUUACUUAUCAAUACAAUAGUUUUUCAGAUAUAGUCAAAAUAGAAAUCUUGUUACAAAGAGCUUUCAUGAUCUUUGUUAAUAAAAUCAAAAACAUAUUCCAGAAUUUAAAUCUUGUGCAGAAAAGUCAUUAUUGCAACAAAUUAUUUUCUAUAAAGGCUUUUUUAGAAUCUUAAUCUAACUCUUGUCACCAGACUCAGACAGAUCCACUUUGUCUCGUGCUACAAGUUCUUUUAGUGAGUUUUGUCUGAUUCCAUCAAUUAGACUUUUCCACUGGUCCACUAAUAUUACAGAGGUUUGCCUGCUCUGGAAUUUCUAAUGACUGAUAAUAUAAAAUUUCCCAUUGCAUCUUAACACCACAUUUGACAUCAAGGACACAAAAUCAACUUGAAUAUUAUAAUUAAGAGCAUAAGAGAUAUAAGUAGAUUAAGACCAGUGGGUCCAUCGAGUCUGCUCUGCCAUUCAUCGUGGCUGAUUAUCCCUCUCAACCUCAUUCUCCUGACUUCUCCUUUAAACUUUAAUCUAUCAACCUCCGCCCUGAAUACAUGCAAUGAUCUGGCCUUUACAGGGACCUGUGGCAAUGAAUGCCACAGAUUCACCACCCUCUGGCUAAAGAAAUUCUUCCUCAUCUCAAUUGUAAAUGGGCAUCCCUCUAUUCUGAGGCUAUUCUCUCUGGUCCUAGACUCCCCCAGCAUAGGAAACAUCCUCUCCACAUCCACUGAAUCUAAGCCUUUGAUCGGUUUCAAUGAGAUCUCCCCCUCUCCCCCAUUCUUCAAAAUUCCAGCAAAUACAGGCCCAGAGCCAUCAAACACUCCUUGUAUGAUAACCUUUUCAUUCCUGGCAUCAUUGUCAUGAACCUCCCCUGAACCCUCUCCAAUGUCAGCACAUCCUUUCUUUAAAUACACAAGUGAGGCCUAUUUAGUGCCUUAUAAAGCUUCAGCAUUACGUCCUUGCUUUUAUAUUCCAGUCCUCUCGAAAUGAAUGCAAGCAUUGCAUCUACCUUACUCAUCACUGAUUCAGCUUGCAAGUUAACCUUCAGGCUGUUCUACACGAGGACUCCCUUUGCAUCUCAGAUUUUUGAAUGUUUUGCCCAUUUAGAAAAGUUUAUGCUUUUGUUCCUUCUACCAAAGUGCAUGAUAAUACACUGUCUGGCACUGUAUUCCACCCGUCACUUCUUUGCCCAAUCUCAUAAUCUGUCAAAGUCCUACAGCCUCCCUACUUCCUCAACAAUACCUGCCAUUCUCCACCUAUCAAAAUAGUUAUUUUUUUCAUCUGCUAUUUCCUUGUCUCCCAUAACUAUCUCUCCAGCCAACCAAUAUCUACCCUCAUCCCUCUUUUGCCCUUUAUAUAACUGAAAAAAAACCUUUGACGUUCUUUUUGCUGUCAUUGGCUAGUUUAUCUUCAUAUUUCAUCUUUUCCCUCCUUAUGGCUUUUUAAUUGCUUUGUUGGUUUUUAAAACUUUCCCAUCCUCUAACUUCCCACUAUUUUUUGCUCUAUUAUAUACCCUCUCUUUUGCUUUUAUAUUGGCUUUGACUUCCCUUGUCAGCCACGGUUGUGUCAUCCUGCCUUUAAAAUACUAACUCUUUAGGAUGACUCUAUCCUGCACAUUGUGAACUUCCAGAAAUUCCAGUGUUGGCUGUUCUGCCAUCAUCCCUAGAAGUGUCCCCUUCCAAUCAAUUUUGGCCAGUUCCUAUCUCCUGCCUCUAUAAUUCCCUUUACUCCACUGUGAUACUGAUACAUUGGACUUCAGCUUCUCCCUCUCAAAUUGCAGGGUGAAGUCUAUCACAUUAUGAUCAUUGCGUCCUAGGGUUCCUUUACCUUAAGCUCCCUAAUCAAAUCCAGUUCGUUGCACAACACCCAAUCCAGAAUAUACUUUCCCCCUGUGGACUCAACCACAAGCUGCUCUUAAUAAGCUAUCUCUUAGGCAUUCUACAAAUUCAGUCUUGGGAUCCAGCACCAAUCUGAUUUUUCCAAUCAACCUCCAUAUUGAAAUCCCUGAUUACUAUGGUAACAUUGUUAUUUUGACAUGUAUUUUCUAUUUUCUGUUGAAAUUUGUUGCCCACAUCCUAAGCUAGGGUUCAAAGAGCUGUACAUACCUCCUAUCAGUCUUUUCAUCCCUGCAGUUUCUUAACUUUGCCCUCAAGGCUAAGGGUUUGAUUUCAAUUUUUACCAACAGCCCACCCUGCCCCCUCUACCUACCUGCCAUUCCAAUGCAAUGUGCAUCUUUAAUGCAGAAAUGCAGUAAUUUUCAUUGUCACUAGACUUUUGACUUUAAGAUUAUAAAUUCAAGUUUGAGACACAGAUUUACUUUUCCUCUUCAUAUUUUCUACAUUUCACUCUAACAUUUUGUCUUUGGCCUCUUAAACUGUCCCAUUGAAACUCUUGAGGAACAGUACUUCACCUGACUAGCAAUGUUUAAAAAUUUUCAGAUGGUCAGCGAUUCUAGCUAUUUGUUUAGUUUUAUUUUCAUGGUAAGUUCAUGAUUUUUUAGCUUCACUUACAUGCAUUUCUCCAGAUCUAUCUUUGUUAUUCCCUAAUACCUUUAGUAUAAUAUUUAACACUAUCAUAAAAAUCUAUCAGAUGUAUCAUACAAACCCAUGCCUCCUGACUUGACUGUUUUAAAAUGUAUCUGAUCUCUAACUUUUCCUAGUCAUGAUGCAAGAUGUUGGCUGACAUGCUGAGUAUUCCAUCACUUGAUUUUAUCAGUUUCAAUAGUUUAGUUUGCAUUGGAUGAAACCUUAAAUUUCUGUGGAUUUAAAAUUGUUCAUGUAAAAGCCUUCAUUUUGGGAGCAUAUAUAAUAUAAUAUAAUAAAUAUAGUUCCCUCUCAAAAAAAGAGGAUCUUUAUGUUACAACAGAACAGUUUUAAAAAAUAUACUCAGAUAAAGUGCAACAAGUUAUUUUUAUUCAGUAAAUAAUUGAACAACAGCAAAUGCUUAGUCAAAUACAAAUGAAACAGUCUUGGAAAUAGAUUCUUCAAAUAGCUAGAUCAUACAUUUUACACAAGGCAAAGAUGUUUCAGUUGUUGGAACACAAAGUGAAAAACAGAUUGCUUGUUUUAAAAAAAAACUGCUUGGAAUGUAGGCUCUCUCUCAUCCAUCCUCAUCCCCCACCUCUUUUAUUCCUACAAGUAGGGUUCUUCAUUGUGAUGCUGGGAAUACACCAAUUUGAAGCUUAAUAAAAGAUUAAGAAUGACUACAUUAAAUACUAAUAGAAAUUUCCCCUGCAAUUACAGUGUUGGCAGCCAAGAGAUAGUUAAUUGUAUCAUGUAAUUAAGUUAAACACUUACCUUUGCCAGACAUCCUUUUUAAAUCUUCAAAUGUGCCAUUAUAAUAUUUGUUAACCUCUAAACUGCAUGCUUUACACUUGUUUUUAGUUACCUUUUGUUACAAAAAUUCCCACUUUUCAGCAUUAUUUAAUUUUCUUAAUACAGUAUUUUGAAUUGUAUGUAUAGACACUUUAUUGACUUUCAGUCAUUUUUUUCUUCAUAUACUCAAAAUAAACAUGCUUUCUUUACAAAA